GCUGUCUUUGAGGUUAGGUCGGUUUCCUGUGUCAAAAACCAAAGUGACGUGCAAUUGCAUCAGAAUUAAACGUGAAUUAGUUGAAAUCGGGGGACAGUUAAUUUGAGAUUUUUGUGAACUCGAAAUGUCUGGAGAUAGUGGAAAUCCAAUUUACACAUCCGAGAAAACCGGAAACGACGAUUCUGGUCUCGGCACUGAAGACAAGCCCUUCAAAACCAUCCUCCAAGCCAUGCGCCAUGCUGGAGCGGAACCAUUUCCUGUAAUUUACGUCGACGGUAAGGAAGGCAUCAAAUUCGAACCUGCCUCAAAAUCCCAACUGAAGAAAAUCCAAAAAAUUUGGGUUCGUGAGUCGCACAAGCAAUCCGUUGCGGCGAAUCGUGAAGAAGAAGACGCCGCAAAACGCGAGAAGAAUCUAGAAGAAGCGAAAAAAAUUGCAAUCACUGAAGAUAAAUCCCUUCCGGCGGCAAAACCAAUCAAAAUCGUUAAAGGCAAAGAAUUCAGAGAUCAAAGAGUGAAGAUUUAUGGGUGGGUGCACAGGUUGAGACGACAGGGAAAAAACCUGAUGUUUAUCACGUUGAGGGAUGGUACUGGGUUCCUGCAAAGCGUCUUAAGUGAUAAACUUUGUCAGAGUUAUAACGCACUUGUGUUAUCCACUGAGUCGUCGAUUUUGCUCUAUGGGACUCUGAGGAAAGUACCAGAAGGUAAAACAGCGCCUGGGGGACACGAGUUGGCUGUGGACUACUGGGAAUUGAUUGGGUUAGCGCCACCUGGCGGCGCCGACUCGAUACUAAACGAGCAAGCUUUACCAGACGUCCAGGCUGAAAAUCGCCACAUUAUGAUAAGAGGCGAAAACACGUCGAAAAUCCUGAGAAUGAGAUCUGUCCUGCUUCAGGCCUUCAGGGAUCACUACUUGGAUCGCGGUUACUGUGAAGUGACUCCGCCAUCUAUCGUCCAAACUCAGUGCGAAGGGGGGUCGACACUGUUCAAAAUGGAUUAUUUUGGGGAGGAGGCCUACUUGACACAGAGCUCGCAACUGUACUUGGAAACGUGUUUGCCGUCAAUGGGGGACGUUUUUUGCAUUGCCGAGAGUUUUAGAGCUGAGCAGAGUCGGACUAGGCGGCAUUUGGCCGAAUACACACAUGUGGAGGCCGAAUGCCCCUUUAUUUCAUUCAAUGAUUUGUUGGACCGUCUCGAGGAUCUCAUUUGUGAUGUUGUUGAUCGGGUUUUGAAGUCGCCGUAUGGUGACAUUGUCCACGAACUCAACCCUAAUUUCCAAGUACCGACGCGACCAUUCCUUCGAAUGAACUAUUCCGAUGCCAUUGACUACCUCAAGAAGAAUAAUAUCACGAAAGAGGAUGGCAGUUUUUACGAAUUUGGAGAGGAUAUUCCGGAAAUGCCGGAACGAAAAAUGACUGAUAAGAUCAACAAACCGAUUAUGUUGUGCCGUUUUCCUGCAAACAUUAAGUCGUUUUAUAUGUCGAAAUGCCCGGAAGACUCGCGUUUGACCGAAAGUGUGGAUGUUUUGUUGCCGAAUGUUGGCGAAAUUGUUGGGGGGUCGAUGAGGAUAUACGAUUUGAAGGAACUUAUGGAAGGGUACAAACGGGAAGGCAUAGACCCAACACCGUAUUUCUGGUACACGGAUCAAAGAAAAUACGGGACGUGUCCCCAUGGGGGCUACGGCCUUGGAUUGGAGCGAUUUGUCUGUUGGUUGUUGAACAGAUACCACAUUAGAGAAGUUUGUCUGUACCCCCGAUACUUGCAUCAUUGCAAACCCUAAAUAUUUACAUUCAAUAUGCAUUAAAAUUGUUAAUUUAAGCUUUAUUCAAUUCAAAUAAAGACAAAUAAUAACAAAAA